GAGUUCCUGGAUGUUGCAAUACUGGUGGUCUUCCUGAUAUCCAUCUUAUGUUUGAGUUGCAGUGCUUGCCACAUCACCAGUCCACUGUCCCAUUUCUCACAGAAAACAGUUACGUCCUGAUAAAAAAAAAAAGGCAGACAGCUCGGGGCUAUCCCUUUUGUCGGCAUUACACAGGGUUGCUGUCGGUGCAUUGGUAGAGGGACUACUCAAGUGAACAGCUGGUCUGCAGCUAUAACUCUGAAGGGAGAGUGGCUGCACUUCAUUUACUUUGGAAGACCAACACGGGACUGCUGACAGAUGUAAGGGUGACACACAUGGGGAACUGCAUACGAUUGAAUGGAACACAGUCUUAUUUCUCUGGAAGUUGUUAAAAUCUACUAACUGCCAGUAUGGAUAGGUCAGCCUCGUCAGACAAUGAGACGACUCCUAUAUGCUUCUCCAUAAACAGCCCACCUUUCAAAUACAACCACACCAUUGCCUCCGCCUACUUCUCUGCUAUCUUCAGUGGGCUAGGCCUCAGCUCUAACCUGUUUGCCUUCAUAGUUUUGAUCAAGGCCUACCAGCGGGCCCAGAGUCGCUCACGCUGCUCCUUUCUCAUCUUCCUCUCUGGCCUGGUGGUGACUGACUUCAUGGGGCUGCUGGUCACGGGUUCGAUCGUGGUCUCCUUCCACGCCACGCGCUUCAACUGGCGUGAGCUGGACCCGCACUGCCACUUCUGCAACUUCAUGGGCAUGUCCAUGGUCUUCUAUGGGCUGUGCCCCCUGCUGCUGGGAGCUUCCAUGGCAGUUGAACGUUUCAUGGGCAUCAACCAACCCUUCUCCCGCUCCACCAACAUGUCCAAGAGCCGGGCCCUGUUGACCGUAGUGAUGGUAUGGGUUUUUGCUGGCUGCAUCAGCUUGCUGCCUCUAGGAGGGCUGGGCAGCUACCACAUGCAGGUUCCUGGGUCCUGGUGCUUCAUCAACAUCAGUUCCAAGCCCCUUGACCUGAUCUUCUGCCUGGUCUUCUCCUUGGUGGGUCUGCUUUCGCUGGCCGCAUCCUUCCUGCUGAACACAGUGAGUGUGGUGACACUGCUGAGGGUGUGCUGUGGCCAGGAGGCCAUGCAGCGCCGCAGGAACCAUGAAGCUGAGAUGAUGGGACAGCUCAUCGGGAUCAUGAUCAUUGCCUCCAUCUGCUGGUGCCCCCUGCUGGUGUUCAUUGCACAGACUGUGCUAACAGGGAGUCGUCUCCAGGUCAAAUACCUGCUGCUGUGGCUCCGCUUUGCCACCUGCAACCAGAUCCUGGACCCCUGGGUCUACAUCCUGUUCCGCCGAGCUGUCUUGAGGCGCAUCGCCCCGUCGAGGGAGUGGUCCCGCGGCUCCACCAUAAGCCUGUACCCAGCCUUCACUGCCUCCCUGAGGAGACUGACACGCCCGUCACUGGGAGGGGAGCCCGUACAUAGAGGAGAGGCUCCAUGCGAUGAGGGCACGCCCAUUCCUCCAGCGUCCUGACUUGUCCCAUCAUACCCAACCCUUCAUCUUUAACUUUUACAGUUCCCAUCAUGUUCCCAUCAUUUUAUUUUGGAGUUAUCAAACUCAGCUUGCUGGGAAUCUGUGAUGACACUGACCCUGAUCUGCACUGACCCUGAACUGUCCUGCUGACCCUGCUGGCCUGGGUAGAAAUGAGACAGAUGAACUGCCGUUCCACAGGAGCUUUGCAGCACUGUGCAGUUGCCACAGAGCUGCUCUCUGUGGUCCAUGGACUGAUGUUCGUCUGAAUGGCGGAGCCACUAGUGCAAUGCACAUGAGCCAAGCAUGGGCCUUCCAGGAUUGCCACGAUUUUUUUCUGGUACAAUGGAUACAAUCAACUUUUGUUUUUCAGCAUGCGUUUUUAGUAAGUGUCUGUAUUUAUUCUCAGAAAGGCAUCACUCAGCCGAUUUUCACCAUAUGCUAAAGUGAUCGAUCUUAAUGAAAAGCUUUAAUGAAUACUGUAUGUUUACUGUGUUGAAGAAAGGAACUUAAGUGUGGUGAUUUCUUGCCAUCACUUUACAGUAUAGACUCUUGAUUAUUUUUUGUUCUUAAUCAUACAGAACCUGAUCUGCUCACAGAGAAGUUCAAAUUUCUCCCCAAGUCAUCAUUUCAGUUGACAAUUAACAGGUCAAUUACAUCUGUUCUGUUGUUAUGCACUUAUAUGACUAGUUAUAUUGGCUUACAGAAAUGAUUGUUACGUAUAUCUCACAAGUAUCAUUCCUAUUCAAGGUACACAUUUUAAAAGAAAUUAGAUCCAUGUUUAUAUGACCUGUAAUUUACAUACCUCUUUAACUUUUUCUUGGAGAAGUUACUGUACAUUUUCACGCUAAUAAUGCUGACCACAUUGGGGGUGUGGUAAAAUGUUACAACUGUAAGCAUACAUGUCUGCUCUCCCAGACAUUUCUCCUCCAGUAAUUUCCUUUCCCAGUACCUCACAUCUUGCCCUUCACUCUAUCUCCCACCACCUCUCCCUAGAGAAUAGCUAGAGAGAGUAUUUCACAUAUUUCUCUACCAGGAAAUACUUCCCUCCAUCUUGUCCAUGUUUAAUGCCUUGGAUUGUGGAUGACAGGGAAAGGCACAGGUUGGCUAGGCGUUAAAAAAACUAAAUCUCCCAAGUGGGUAAGACUGAUAGCUCUAUCAGUAUAUUUUAAGAUAGUAAGGGAUUCAUUUAUAUUCCUCUUUAGCCAUAAAGAUUUUGACAAGGCCCGUAAAUAUGAUUUCAUUUUAGCAAUAAAUAAAAAGAGACUACAUGCAUUUAUGAAUGCAUUCAUUUCAUGGGUAGAAUAUGUUAUGCGCUAAUCUCGUUAUGUAUCUGAGGCACGUCAUUAAUGUCCUUAUUAUAACUAAAAUAAUUGUUCUAAUUGGUAACAGUCUUAGUAAAUGUAUCCUUUUUUGAAGGGGGGCAUUAAAAUCUAUUCCCCAGCUUGGAGCAGAAUGUCAUCAUAAAAUAGUUUUACAGUGAGCACGCUCCUUCAGAAGAAUAUUCUCACGCCGAUCAUGACUGUAUACAGACCAGAUAGUUUAAACAGUCAUCUCCCUCGUGAAUUCUCCCUCAGAUCCCCAUAGAUAUUUCUCAGCCUAAAAAUAAAGUGUUGCAUGCGUAAAUGUGUGCAGUUUUAGAUAUUUGAAAAUAAAAUGUCAUUCGUGUCUCUUGUUUUAUUGCAUAGAUGUGAUGCGAUCUGAACACACCAAAAACACUCUGUUGAAACUGAGGCUUGACCAAUAGUCUUUCAUGCCUUUUUUAACAAUUUGUAAGAAUGCAAUGUGAUAGGUGUCUUACAAACUCAGGUUUUCAUACAGUAUCAUGCAGUUCAGCACACAGUGUAAAAACUAACAACCUAUUAAUACAAUACUUGGCCACCUACUGUACAGUCCAGCCCUUGCAAUAAUUUGAUUGACAUUCUGUGUUGUGAUUACACAGAAAAAUAAACACACGAUAUAUUCCUGCACACACAAAUUUUACACACCAAUAACAGCAAUAUUUACAUCUGCAUGCAUACACAGGCAAAAAAACAGACUCAUGAUGAGUAAAUGUAUAUACAAAAACCCGCUAUAUGAUUAA